AUGAUUCCGCUAGCGACCGCGAAGUAUGACUGGAUCCUGGCUAUUACCACCAUCGCUUUCGUCUUGAGUUCUUUCGGUAACGGUGCCAACGAUGUCGCCAACGCCUAUGCCACCUCCGUCGCGGCCCGGACCCUCAACAUGGCCACGGCCGGUGUCCUGGCUAUCUUCACCGAAUUCAUCGGCGCUGUAGCCAUGGGCAAACGAGUCACUGAUACAAUCAAGAACGGAAUUAUCGACAUCAACCGUUACAAUGGCAAGCCUGGUGCCCUCAUGCUGGCCAUGGGCUGUGCUGAGAUUGGCAGCGCUUCAUGGUUGAUCUUCGCAACUAAAAUGGGCUGGCCUGUCUCGACCACGCAGACUAUCGUCGGCUCCCUCAUCGGUGUUGGUUUUGCGUCCCAGUCUGAUAUCAACUGGGCCUGGUCUGAGGGCAGUGUCUCCCAGGUUGCUGCAUCUUGGGGUAUUGCCCCUCUCGUGGCAGGUGGAUUCUCGGCUAUCAUCUUCGGCACUGUCAAGUACAGUGUCCUUGAACGCGCAGAUCCCUUCUUGUGGGGUAUGCGUUUGAUUCCAUGGUACCUUGCCCUGACAGGUGCCAUCCUAGCCCUUUUCAUCGUCAUCGAAGCCCCUACCGCCCCCUCAUUGGAAGAGUUUGGCGGUGGCAAGGCAGCUGGCAUUAUCCUCGGUGUGUUCUUCGGCUGCCUCCUCAUCGGCUAUGUUUUCUUCAUACCCUAUUUCAAGCGCCGUAUCGUCCAUAACGAUGCCCGCGUCAGAUUCUACCACAUCCCCCUUGGCCCUUUACUGCUGAAGCCAAACCCCCCUCUCUACUUCCCCGGAAAGGGCGAAGUUUCUGUGAUCAACUACUAUGAGGAUGCUUACGGCGAAGUGCGCGCUGGCCAAGCAGACGCAGCCAAGGAAAACGUUACAUCAAACGCAGACUCUAUCAUGCCCACUCCAGAAAUCAAAGCAAUGUCCGAUCCAGCAAAGUUUGGAGAUGAUGAGGAGAAGGUCGCACCGGUACCUCAGCCACGCAAGAAGCACCUCGAGCCAACUGAACGUUUCAUCGACCCCGUCCGAGAGCUGUCCUGGGUCAAUCCCCAAAAAGCCUAUGGUUAUCUGAAAUACAUUCUCUUUCAGGGUGUGACCCGUGAUGUGGUUAGCCACGACUCGCCCGAGCUGCGCGCAAUCCACGCACGUGCCCACCGCUAUGACGACCGCGUCGAACAUCUCUGGACCUACUGCCAGGUUGUCUCGGCAAUGAUGAUGUCAAUUGCACACGGUUCCAAUGAUGUGGCCAACGCUGUUGGACCCUGGGCUGCUGUUUACAGCACCUACCAUGCUGGCGUUGUCGAAACUAAGUCACCUACCCCCACUUGGUUCUUGGUUGUUGCUGGUCUCCUGCUCGGUCUUGGAUUCUGGUUCUUCGGUUACCACAUUGUUCGUGCCCUUGGAAACAAGAUCACACAGAUGUCCCCCACUCGUGGCUUCAGUGUUGAGCUUGGAGCAGCUAUCUCUGUACUUUUGGCUUCAAGACUUGGCCUGCCCGUUUCCACAACUCAGUGCUUGACUGGCGCCUCUUUGGGCGUUGCUCUCAUGAAUUAUGAUCUUGGCGCUGUCAACUGGAAGCAACUUUGCUUCAUCUUCGGUGGCUGGGUCUUGACUUUGCCUUGUGCCGGAUUGGUUUCGGGACUGCUUUGCGUGAUGGCAUUGAAUGCUCCUCACUUGUAA